AUGGAAUGCUCAAGUCAGGAGAAUUCCGAGUAUGAAUCUCAGACGGAUGCUGCCGGUGCACCUCCUCCUGGUAGGUGCGAUAACUGUCAGGAUUGUGAUGACGUUGGUGUUAUUGUUGAGCUUAAGUUGGAGUUAGAGAGUGCACAACUCGAGGUUGAGGCAGCUAGCGCUAUGCGUAGAGCAGCGGAGGUUAAACGUAGAGAAUCUAAGUUACUACGUCAUGGAGCAAAGAUUAAAUACGUAGAAACCAUACCAUUACAUUGUCAUAUAGGAGAUUGUUCUCCUGAGCUCCCUGUCAUUGAUCCCGGUUGUUCUGAUAGGGAGAAGUAUAAUGUUUCUACAGGUCUGAAGUCUCCUGGGGUCAAGAACGUCACAAUCGCGGACAUGGAUAAGCUCGACCUCUUAUUGAGUAAGCUCGAUCUACCGCGAUGUGAAGUCACUCAUUUUGAUCACCCGUGCAAUAUAUUCCAUUCUUUAGGCAUUUUUUAG